CCGGGUCGUUUCCAAGUCUCUGCCCAUGUACAAGACCACAGAUGUCAUCUCAGAGCCUCUGCCCAUGUACAGGACCACAGAGGUAAUUUCCAAGUCUCAGCCCAUAUUCACGACCACAGAGGUCGUCUCUGAGUCUCUACCCAUGUUCACGACCACGGAGGUUGUCUCCGCAUCUCUGCCCAUGUACACAACCAUGGAGGUCAUUUCCAAGUUUCUGCCCAUGUACCCGACCACAGAGGUCGUCUCCAAGUCUCUGCCCAUGUACACAACCAUGGAGGUCAUUUCCAAGUCUCUGCCCAUGUACCCAACCACAGAGGUCGUCCCCGAGUCUCUGCCCAUUUACACGACCACGGAGAUCGUUUCCAAGCCUCUGUCCAUGUACACGACCAGGUCGUUUCCAAGUCUCUGCCCAUGUACACGACCGGGUCGUUUCCAAGUCUCUGCCCAUGUACAAGACCACAGAUGUCAUCUCCGAGCCUCUGCCCAUGUACAGGACCACAGAGUCAGCUCAACAAUCCAUCCACUGAUCUGAGGGAAAGCAGGUUUGGCCACAGCCAUCCAAGGCUGCAAUGGAAACAAUGAUUAUCUCAGCGGGAUGCUCUCUUAGAGCAACUCAGACCAAACACUCUGUGACCCCCAUAACCCAUCUCUUUCUCUCCUCCUCUGUUUCACAGUUUGUUUUAUCCAAGGGGAUGACUGCCAAAGUCAAUCAUUAUUAUGGCA